GACUCCUGCUGCGAGCCGCAAGCCCCCUAAGGCAAUUGACGUCCUGGGAUGAAGGUUCCCUGCUAGUGGCGCUGCUCCUGGUGCUUCCAAUUCCUGUGAGACUGAAAACAGAGGAGCGGCUACUGGACUCUCACAGGAGGAGCAAGCUGUAACAUGCAAUCGCCCGCAAGCCCGCGCGGACGCGCCUUGGUGGCGCUGCUGCUGGCCUGUGGCUUGUUGGGGGUAUGGGGAGAGAAAAGGGCAUUCCCACCUGCCCAAGCCACACCGUCUCUCCUCGGGACUAAAGAGGUAAUGACGCCACCCACUAAGACCUCCUGGACUAGAGGUUCCAACUCCAGUCUGAUGCGUUCCUCAGCACCUGCGGAGGUGACCAAGGGAGGGAGGGUGGCUGGAGCCCCGCCAAGAUCCUUCCCUCCUCCGUGCCAACGAAGUAUUGAGAUCAGCAAGACUUUUAAAUACAUCAACACGAUUGUGUCCUGCCUCGUGUUCGUGCUAGGCAUCAUCGGGAACUCCACACUGCUGAGGAUCAUCUACAAGAACAAGUGCAUGAGAAAUGGUCCCAAUAUCUUGAUCGCCAGUCUGGCUCUGGGAGACUUACUCCACAUUAUCAUCGACAUUCCCAUUAACACCUACAAGCUGCUCGCGGAGGACUGGCCAUUUGGAGCUGAGAUGUGUAAGCUGGUGCCCUUCAUACAGAAGGCUUCUGUGGGGAUCACCGUGCUGAGUCUAUGUGCUCUAAGUAUUGACAGAUAUCGAGCUGUUGCUUCCUGGAGUCGAAUUAAAGGAAUUGGGGUUCCAAAAUGGACAGCAGUAGAAAUUGUUUUAAUUUGGGUGGUCUCUGUGGUUCUGGCUGUCCCUGAAGCCAUAGGUUUUGAUAUGAUUACGUCGGACUACAAAGGAAAGCCCCUAAGGGUCUGCAUGCUUAAUCCCUUUCAGCAAACAGCCUUCAUGCAGUUUUACAAGACAGCCAAAGAUUGGUGGCUGUUCAGUUUCUACUUCUGCUUGCCACUAGCCAUCACUGCAAUCUUUUAUACCCUGAUGACCUGUGAAAUGCUCAGAAAGAAGAGCGGCAUGCAGAUUGCUUUGAAUGAUCACUUAAAGCAGAGACGAGAAGUGGCCAAAACAGUAUUCUGCCUGGUCCUCGUGUUUGCCCUCUGCUGGCUUCCCCUUCACCUCAGCAGGAUUCUGAAGCUCACUCUGUAUGACCAGAGCAAUCCUCUCAGGUGUGAACUUCUGAGCUUUUUGUUGGUUUUGGACUACAUUGGUAUCAACAUGGCUUCAUUGAAUUCCUGCAUUAAUCCAAUCGCUCUGUAUUUGGUGAGCAAAAGAUUCAAAAACUGCUUUAAGUCAUGUUUGUGCUGCUGGUGCCAAACGUUUGAGGAGAAACAGUCCUUGGAGGAGAAGCAGUCCUGCUUGAAGUUCAAAGCUAACGAUCACGGAUAUGACAACUUCCGUUCCAGCAAUAAAUACAGCUCAUCUUGAAGGAAAGAACACUCGCUGAAUCUCAUUGUCCUCAUUGCGGACAGAUAUCACUAAAACAAAAUGAAACCUUUGCCAAGUCCAAAUGGAAAACCGUGCUAGCAGAAAGGUGUGCACGCAUGUGUGUGAGAGGGAUUAUUUUUAACUGUUCUAACUUUCAACACCUGAUAUUUCACAGGCUGUUUACAACCUAAGAAAGCCUUGGGAAGGAAUGAAGCCUCGGUGGGGAAGCACUUAGAUUCUUAGCACUUCAACAGAGCUCUUAAAAGCCCCCAGUGCAUUCAUACGCCACUUACAUUUAAAAACGAGAACUUCACUCCAAAGUUCUGUUCAGGGGUUUAUUAUCCAAUCCUAUGAAUCUGGAUUUAAAAAAGCAUGACAUUGCAAAACAAUUCUUAAAACAAAGUUUCAAUUGCUCAACUUGAAACUUAAAAGGAACCACUAAUAAAUGUAUAUACAUAAUAUCAUACCCACUAAUCCGAUUGUAACUAUAUGUAAAUGAGAAAGCAGUAUGGUUGGUAUACUUUUUUUAGUCAUUACAAACAUUGAAAUGAUGGAAAUGUGGGGAAGAAGAUGAAAAGGAGAGACAGAGCUUAGAUGUUUGAAAUCAUCAGGCUCCUUACACUCAAAUACGAGCAAAUGUCACAGAGGAAACAUGGGAAGGUGUGAGCUGCUAUGUCUGAGACUUCUCACACAUACUCUGCAGAAAGAUACAAAACAGAACACUACCUAUGAUCUUGUCAAAGUUCUUUCAAACAUCCUUUCAUGAUUGGAGUUUAAAUUCCAUUCGAUUAACUUCAUCAUUUGUAAAUACUUAGCUAUUAGCUAUAAGCACUACAUGUAGACGACUUAACAAAGGGCAGGUCCCAGCGUUCAUAGCUUUCUGACAAAGAGAUGCCAGUAACCCGGUUAUAGACAGAAUGUGAAUUGCCUGGUGCAGUGUCCACAUGGCAAAUAAGCAGGGAGCAUCCUUUCAGCCGUGCUGUAGAGAAAAUGGUCCGCGGCACAAUAUGAUAGCUAAAAAUACCAUCGUUUAACGUCAUAGAAAGUAGUCACUGUAACCAGCUCUUCUGGAGGCCUAUUACCAAUUUUUUUAUUUUAUUUCUGAAAAUAGCCAAUAGAAAGGUGUUCUGGACGUGUUGCAUUUUCUAAAACUGCUUCAGGGUCUGCAAGAUCCUCCUCAUUGCGCAUUCUUGUCUAGUUUUUCUAAUCUCCUUCCACAGCGUGCCUUAGGUUCACGCCGGAUGAGCGGCGUGUGAAAGAAUGCCCAAGAGAAAACUGAAGAGAGAGGAAACGAGGUGGGGCGGGGAGGAAGCCCGUGGGGAAAGAUUCCCAUUCUUAGCCCUGUGUUCGUCACUGCCACGUCAUAUCAGUGUGAAAGGUCCUGGUUCAGCUCCAGCAGAACACAGCGCAGCGUUCUCAGAGUGACUCCAGAACAAAUCAAGCCCGAGAGCUUUAACCUUGUCUUGAAAUAAAGCAGAUUUUCCUUCCGUCUUUCUUUCUUCUUUCUUUUCUUUUCUUCUCUUCUCUUCUCUUCUCUUCUCUUCUCUUCUCUUUUCUUUUCUUUUCUUUUCUUUUCUUUUCGUAACCCAGGCCACAUGUUGGAAAUGAACUAAGAAUGCAGGUUUCUGCCACAAUCCACUGUAACAAUACAACAAACCCAAACAGGACAAUGAGGUCAAAAACAAAGAACAAUAUGAACUGGCAUGCCACAUGACUCUCUUCAGGAGUCAACUACAGUUCUUGUGUAUAGGUUUCUCGCUAUAAUUUUCUACAAAUUCUUUUUAAUCGUAAAGGACACCCCAGAUCUUAAAUUUUAAGUUAGUUAUUGGGUCCCCAGUAGUUUCACAGCGAGAACAUAUUUUUAAUUCUUACUAAGUUUUAGAUUGGUUUUAUUGUUGUGUACUAAAUUCUUGAGUCCUAACAUCCUUGUUUAACCCAAGUGUUCCUUCUCUCUUCAUGGGCAGUAAUCAUCCUGCCAAAUUAUGAAUUGUCAUACGAUACUAUUCACAUAAAAUAUACAGUAAAACUAUAUGCAGUGGUUUUUUUAUUCAAAAUUUUAGCAUACAGACCAAGGGUGGUAUGAUGCCUUUGCAUAAUUAAAGCCAAGAUAAGAGAAGGUACCAUCUAAUUUAAAGCAUAUUUUUUAACAUUUAAGUUGCCUAAUAUAGCAAUGCAUAAAAAUAGUGUUCAAAAGGGUGUUAGAGGUCGGGCGAGCGAUUCGUGACUUCAGCCUGUUUUCUCCCACGUUAUCCACUGCUAUCAUUGGUCUGUGUGCAAACAUUUUUCAGUAUUGAUAAUGUGCAACGGCCAAAGGAACACGGUUUUCAUCAAAAUGUGGGUGUGCUGUGUCUAACAUGCAAUUGUAAUAAAGCCAUGUAAAAGAAUUGUGUUUUGUUUUGCUCUGGUCACUUAAAGUGGCAGCUUGUGUAGUUGCUAACUUCUUGUUGUGUAAGCAAAACCAAUAAACAGUCAAAUGGUUUAAAAGAGCA